AUGUCUGUUCGAUACAGCUCAAGCAAGCACUAUUCCUCCUCCCGUAGUGGAGGAGGAGGUGGAGGAGCCUCAUCCCUCAGAAUUUCAAGCAGCAAAGGCUCCAGUGGUGGAGGAUACAGCUCAGGGGGGUUCAGUGGUGGCUCCUUUAGCAGGGGAAGCUCUAGUGGAGGCUGCUUUGGUGGUUCAUCUGGUGGCUAUGGAGGAGGUUUUGGUGUAGGUAGCAUGGGUGGAGGCUAUGGAGGCAGCAGCUUCGGUGGGGGCUAUGGAGGAGGUAGCUUUGGUGGAGGAAGCUUUGGUGGGAGCUAUGGUGGAGGGAGCUUUGGAGGAGGCAGCUUUGGAGGAGGCUACGGUGGAGGUGGAUUUGGUGGGGGAUUUGGAGGAGAUGGUGGCCUUCUCUCUGGAAAUGAAAAAGUAGCCAUGCAGAAUCUGAACGACCGCCUGGCUUCCUACUUGGACAAAGUCCGGGCUCUGGAAGACUCAAACUAUGAGCUUGAAAGCAAAAUCAAGGAGUGGUAUGAAAAGCAUGGCAAUUCGAGCCAGCGAGAGCCUCGUGAUUACACCAAAUUCUACAAAAACAUUGAUGAACUUAAAAAUGAGAUCCUUAACCUGACAACUGACAAUGCCAAUAUCCUGCUCCAGAUCGACAAUGCCAGGUUGGCAGCUGAUGACUUCAGGCUGAAGUAUGAGAAUGAAGUGGCCCUGCGUCAGAGCGUGGAAGCAGACAUCAAUGGCCUGCGUAGAGUGCUGGACGAGCUGACUCUGUCCAAAUCUGACCUGGAAAUGCAGAUUGAGAGCCUCACUGAAGAGUUGGCCUACUUGAAGAAGAACCAUGAAGAGGAAAUGAAAGAUCUUCAGAAUGUGUCCACUGGUGAUGUGAAUGUAGAAAUGAAUGCUGCCCCAGGUGUUGACCUGACUGAACUUCUGAAUAACAUGAGAAGCCAAUACGAACAACUUGCUGAAAAAAAUCGCAAAGAUGUCGAAGCCUGGUUUAAUGAAAAGAGCAAGGAACUGACCACAGAGAUUGACACUAACAUUGAACAAAUGUCCAGCUAUAAAUCUGAGAUCACUGAAUUGAGACGCUCCGUGCAAGGUCUGGAAAUCGAACUACAGUCCCAAAUAGCCCUGAAACAAUCGCUGGAAUCCUCCUUGGCAGAAACAGAAGGUCGCUACUGUAUGCAGCUGUCACAGAUCCAGGGCCAGAUCAGCUCUCUGGAGGAACAACUACAACAGAUCCGUGCGGAAACUGAGUGUCAGAACUCAGAGUACCAACUACUCCUGGAUGUCAAGAUCCGACUAGAGAAUGAAAUCCAAACCUACCGCAGCCUGCUAGAAGGAGAGGGAAGACUAGCUGGGGUAAUCAGAAUAACAUUAAAUUUCAAUUCUUUUUUUCAUUAUUCAUUUACAGAUACUAACAAGACCAGGGUAAUCAAGACAAUUAUUGAAGAGGUGACACCUGAUGGUAGAGUCCUAUCGUCUAAGGUUGAAUCAGAAAUCAAGAAACACUACUAUUAA